AUGCAUCCUGCAUUAAUUGUUCUUAUCAUUGUUGGUGUUCCAUUAGGCGGCUGGGCUGCUUAUGAAGGUGCUCAAUACAUACAUGAAUGGUGGAAAACGAGACAAGAGCGCAAGGACUAUGAGGAGUUUGUGCGUAGUCAUUAUAUGAAUGAAAAGAACAACGGCUAUUUUUCCGAUGACAACGACCACCUGCUCCAUACAGAUGACGAAGAUGACGAAGAUGAUGAAAAGCCAUUAGCACGCACUAGUAGCAAUGUCUGGGGAAGAAGAGGAAAUGAUUUACGAAACCGACGCCAAGGGGGCUGGGAACAUUACAAGAUGAGCGAGACAGAGCUUGUUGAAAUGGAAAAGAGUAUUGAGCAAAGACGAAUGUAUCUUGAACAAGAACGCGCAAUGCUUGACAAGGCGGAAACAGAUUUGCAACGCCAACGUCAAUCGAUUCAAUCCAGGGGAAACAGUCUUAUGGGAAUGCCUUGCAAUGAUAGCCACUCUACAACCGAUACCACCACUAACAGUGUCGAAUCAUCAUCCCUCAUGACUCAAGUCCCUGAUCAACAACAACAACAACAGCAUUGGAAUUUCGCCCAUCCACCUCCACCACCUUCUCCUCCUCAAGGUACACCCGUCAAACUUGAUAUGGAAGAAUCCGACUUUGCCAUGUUGAGGUCUCACACUAUGAUUCACGAUGCUGAUGAUGAAGAUGAGGAAGAUGAUAAAUUGCGUAUGCCAUCAGCACCCAUGCAUGCUCGAAACGAGUCUGAUGAAAGUAGCUGGGCUGAUGUAUCUUCUGAUCAUCAUCAUAGAGAGCAAAGUGAUGCCUCGGAUCUCAGUUUCAAUUCAAUCAAGACAUCAUCCGGUCAUAAGUCUGAUAGCUCAUUUGGUGUUCGUAGUAUCUCAUCCGAUGAAGGGUUAUUAUAA